GCUCCAGCGAUGCAGACGAGCCUGGGGACGGCGCUGCUGACCUUAGCCCUGUGGGCGCUGUGCUCGCGGCUGAGCACGGAAGGGAAACGGAAGCUGCAGAUUGGCGUCAAGAAGCGAGUGGACAACUGCCCCAUCAAGUCCCGGAAAGGCGACGUGCUCCACAUGCAUUACCCGGGAAAACUGGAAGACGGGACGGAGUUUGACAGCAGUUUAACUCGCGACCAGCCCUUCAUCUUCUCCUUGGGCACCGGACAAGUCAUCAAAGGCUGGGAACAAGGCUUGCUCGGGAUGUGCGAAGGGGAGAAAAGGAAGCUAGUCAUCCCUUCGGAGCUGGGUUAUGGAGAUCGGGGAGCACCGCCCAAAAUCCCAGGCGGUGCCACGCUCAUCUUUGAAGUCGAACUGCUGAAGAUUGAGCGUCGCCAAGAACUAUAGCGGCGCGUCUCGUCCAAGGAAGAGGGGCUCGCGGGGUAGGGGGCCGCACGUGGGAAAACGGGCCGGACGGGCCGGAGAAGGAGCUGGAAAAGGGGUUUGUCACUCCUUAAAUGGGCCAAAUAAAUUUUAAAAAAAAGCACA